AAAUAAUAUUAUUAAUAUUAUUUUCUUUAAUAAUUUCUCUGCUCGCGAUAGUAAGAUGGCUAUACCAAUAUUACGACUAUAAGAUAUUAAAAGUAAAAUUUAUUUUCCAAUAACAUGUGUGGUGGAUAUCUUGAAUUUCAAAAAUCAAAAUAAAACCUUUUGUUUAUUUUCUUGUUAUUUAAAUAUGGCAAUAUUAUAAUUUUCACCUUAAAUGAGAAAAAAAAACAAAGCAGCUGUGACAAGUAAACAAAACGUUUAAUCAGUAUUUGUAAUACAAAUCUUGUUUUAAAAAAUGUCACAAUCAUCCUCUUCAGCACCUCCUAUUAAACGCUAUCGACGUGAAGAUGAUGAUAAAUCAUCUGGAGCAGAAGAUGACGACAAAUAUGUGCCCUAUGUGCCGGUCAAGGAACGUAAAAAACAGCAACUAAUGAAAUUGGGACGCAUCGUACAGCUAACAUCGGAAGCGGCACAACCAAAAUCUUCGAGUGAAAAUGAAAACGAUGAAGAUUCACAAAAUGCUACUGAUCCCGAAUUAUGGGGACGUAAAUACAACAUAAGUUUGCUGGAUCAACACACAGAGCUGAAGAAAAUAGCAGAGGCCAAAAAAAUUAGUGAUGUAGAAAAACAACUUAAGGAAGAAGAAAAGAUUCUUGAAAGUGUUCAGCAGCAGAAAGCUCUUAUGGCCGUUUCUGAAUUGGCUAAAGGUAUACAAUAUGAAGAUCCUAUUAAGACUAGCUGGAAGCCGCCGCGCUACAUAAUGGAUAUGUCGGAACAUAAACGCAACGCUAUACGUAAACGUUUGCGUAUAUUGGUGGAGGGAGAUGAUGUGGCUCCCCCCAUACGUAGUUUUAAAGAAAUGAAAUUACAUAAGGGUAUUUUAAAUGGUUUAGCCACAAAGGGUAUUAAGCGUCCCACACCUAUACAAAUUCAGGGAAUACCUACGGUAUUAUCUGGGAGAGAUUUAAUUGGCAUCGCUUUCACCGGUUCUGGUAAGACAUUGGUCUUUGUUUUACCCAUAAUUAUGUUUGCCCUGGAACAGGAAUAUCGUUUGCCUUUUGUGAGAAAUGAAGGUCCAUAUGGUUUGAUUAUUUGUCCUUCACGGGAGUUGGCCAAGCAGACACAUGAUAUUGUAAUGCACUACAGUCGUCAUUUAAUGCAGUGUGGUAUGCCGGAAAUACGUUCGUGUCUAGCAAUUGGAGGAGUUCCUGUUUCAGAAGCCUUAGAUGUCAUAGCUAAAGGUGUUCACAUAAUGGUUGCUACACCCGGUCGUUUAAUGGACAUGUUGGAGAAGAAAAUCGUUACGCUAGAUAUUUGUCGAUAUCUCUGCAUGGACGAAGCCGAUCGUAUGAUUGAUAUGGGCUUUGAAGAAGAUGUGCGCACUAUAUUUUCCUUUUUCAAGGGACAAAGACAGACAUUGCUUUUCUCAGCUACUAUGCCUAAGAAAAUUCAAAAUUUUGCCCGUUCAGCUUUAGUAAAACCAGUAACAAUCAAUGUGGGUCGGGCUGGUGCUGCAUCGAUGAAUGUGACACAAGAAGUGGAGUAUGUCAAACAAGAAGCUAAAGUUGUGUAUCUAUUGGAGUGUUUACAAAAGACAGCGCCACCCGUAUUAAUAUUUGCUGAAAAGAAACAGGAUGUCGAUUGCAUACAUGAAUAUUUACUGCUCAAGGGUGUGGAAGCAGUUGCUAUACAUGGUGGCAAAGAUCAAGAAGAACGUUCACGAGCCGUUGAAGCCUAUAGAGAGGGUAAAAAAGAUGUUUUAGUUGCCACCGAUGUAGCCUCUAAAGGUUUGGAUUUUUCCAAUGUCCAACAUGUUAUAAAUUACGAUAUGCCUGAAGAUAUAGAAAAUUAUGUACAUCGUAUAGGUCGUACUGGUCGUUCCAAUACUAAAGGUUUAGCUACAACAUUUGUUAAUAAAACAACCGAUCAAUCGGUGUUGCUGGAUCUAAAACAUUUGUUGAUUGAAGCAAAACAGAAGGUACCAGAUUUCUUAUUGGAACUAUGUCCAGAAUCGGAACAAUAUUUGGAUUUGGGAGACUCACAUGGUUGCAGUUAUUGUGGUGGUCUUGGUCAUCGUAUUACUGAAUGUCCUAAAUUGGAAGCUAUUCAAAGCAAACAGGCAUCGAAUAUUGGACGCAGAGAUUAUUUGUCUAAUACAGCAGCAGAUUAUUAAAUGUGUAGUUUUUUUUUAUAUUUUAGAUUAAGUAUUUCAUGUGAAAAUAUAUUGUAAAAUAUUAAGUGAAAAAUAUUAAAAAUAUAUAAUUAAAUCAAAAUUCUUAUAAAAAUAAU